AUGUCACAAGGUCAGUCUAAAAAGUUGGACGUAACUGUUGAACAGCUUCGAAGCAUAUACCACCAGUUUCAUGAUAUCUUAGAGGAAAAAACCGAUUUGCAUCUUCCGAAGAAGGACCACGACGACGAUGCUGUUAGGAGAGAGGUUCAAAUACAAUUACAGGAAUUUCUUCUGAGCGCCAUGACGAUGGCUUCCAAAUCAUUAGAAGUGGUCAAUGCCGACACAGUAGGCAAAACAGUGAAGCAGCUGAUUAUGGAAUCACAAGAAAAGUACAUGGAGCCCUUCGAUCUGGAUCUGAAUGAGCAAGUUAGGAAGAUGUACCAAGAAUGGGAAGAUGAGACCGUUAAGGUGGCCCAGUUGAGGCAAACGGGCCCCGCCAAGAUAAACGAGCUGUACAACAACUCAAGGGAUGACUAUCUGACACAUCUGGAUGGAAGAAUCGGCGUUCUUCAAGCCAGAAUGAAGGAACAUCAAUAUAAGAACUACGAUAAUGCUGACGAGUCCAAUCAUCAAGCCGCACAGACCAACUGGGGUAACAUCAAGCAUGACUACGUGACCUCGCUGAGUGAACUAUAUGAAACUCAGCAGGAACUACCUCAGGUGAGAUAUAACGUUGAAAAGGUCAAGCGAUUAAUGGACUAUUUGGAGAAGGAUUGA